AUGUCAACUCGCUCGGCCUUUGGCUCGGGCUCCAAUGCAUUUACAAAGUACACACCCAUCCAUCUCGACAUCGCACUUCUUAUAACCGGCAAGAUGGGACCAUUCCGCCAACUGGGAGCCCUUCUCGGACGACGAAAAGCGGCAAUUCUGGCGCCUGAAACGACAAGCGCGCCGACCAAGCGACGCAAGGGAGCCGCAAGCAAAAUUGGUGCAGCGAAACGGCCAACGACUGAACCCGCCAGCGUCGACCACCUGGGACGCCCGCUCUCCGAGGCUGCGCUUGCUACGGCGCGGGAGUACUGGAAUUUCCAGAGACAAUUCGAUUCCUACAGUGGGGGAGACAAGGGUACAAAACACUCUAGUCAGCCAAUCGACCUCUUGCUGCAGCUAGCCCAGAGCAGGAGAGCAUACACGCGCCACGUACUUGGCGUUACCGAACUCGAGUCUGGCACCCGCACUUACGAACCUCCGUACGUUGGUCCGCUCACUGUAGACGACCUAGCUGCCAUAGCCCCAAGUCCGCCAGCCGCGCCUGAGGUGCAGCUCGCGCAGCCGGACCAAGCCAGUGAGCCCGUCCUCUGCCCCGAGCAGCUGGAGGUGGUCGAACUCGCCGCCAAUGGCCGCAACAUCUUCUACACUGGAUCUGCAGGCUGCGGUAAGUCCACCGUUCUACAUGCCGCUAAGAAGCGCCUAAGAAGUAUGGGAAAGAACGUCCAAGUUCUAGCACCAACGGGCAAGGCUGCCCUAGCUAUCAACGGCAUGACAACCUGGACUUAUGCCGGAUGGACACCUGGCCACCACAAGCGGCCACUCAAAGAACUGGAAGAGGCAGUGCUAGGAUGCGCUAUACAAGAGCGUUUCGAGAAAACUGACACCCUCAUCAUUGAUGAGAUUAGCAUGGUCGAGAACUUGCACCUAGAGCGGCUUAACGCCGUCAUGAAAAGCGCCCGCGGUGACGACUCUCCGUUCGGCGGCGUCCAGGUCAUUGUCACCGGAGACUUUUGCCAGCUUCCUCCUGUAAAGCCUUUCCAGCACUGCAUAACCUGCGGCAGUGAUCUUAUACCGACAGAGGAAGAGGAAGAAACCAUUCACCGCUGCCCCAACUGCGAGAGGGAGUACCACGACAGCGACAAGUGGGCAUUUCGCAGCAAAGCUUGGGCCGAGUGCAACUUUGUACACGUCCAUCUCAAGUCGAUCCACCGCCAGAGCGACCCCGGCUUCAUUUCUCUGCUGCAAAAGUGCCGUCUCGGUAUCCCCUUUACCCAAGACGAGGUCGACACUCUCAUGGCUCCCCGCUCCGUGGGCACCGAUGCCAUCAAGCUCUUUCCCACCCGCGAUGAAGUCCGUCGCACCAAUGAGGAAGCCUUCGCGCGCCUCAAGAACCGGCCGCACUCCUAUACCUGCCUAGACGAGUUCGUCUGGAACGAAGACGAGCACCCGUACCUCGAGUCCAAGAGUCAAACAAACCUAGACAACUCCCUCGUCGCCCUCAACGAACACCGCUUCGAACCUCGCAUCGAAUUCAAGAUUGGCAUGCUCGUCGUCCUGCUCAUCAAUCUCGACCUGUCUGAGGGCCUUUGCAACGGCAGCCAGGGCACCAUCAUUGGCUUUGAGCGGUACGAUGAGAAAACCCCACCCCGGUCCCGCCACAGAAAAUACAUCGCAACCAGAGAGGAACAAUUACAGCUGUUUGUCGAGAAGCAGCUGCAGGACCGCCGGAAACUUUACUGGCCUAUUGUGCGCUUCAUAAACGGUAUCACGCGCACCAUCGAGCCCGAGUGCGAAGUGCACGAGCUAGGCUAUCAUAGGCCUUACUCGCUACUGUGCCGCACCCAAAUUCCGCUGGCAGCAGCCUGGGCGAUGAGCGUACACAAGUCACAAGGCAUGACGCUGGACCGGGCUGUGGUGAAUUUGUCGCGGGCGUUUGCACAGGGACAGGUGAAAUGCUCGUUAUCGCGAGUUUCAAUUGCCGUGGUGGAAGCUGAAGCGAGCAUCUACCCCGUACGAGAACGACACGCCCAGGCGGCAGCCAGUCUGUGGAUCAACAUCCACACGCUGCCCGGAACGCAUCCCCUUGCCAUGAAGAAAGUCCGGACCACCGUACGAUUUGUAUCUCCGCUGCAGAAAAUUGCCCGCGUGGCCGAAGGAGUACGAGUUGACCGGAUGGAGACAAUCCAGGAAUACGCCGUCCCGCCCUGGGUACCUCGCCUACGACCGACGCUCGAAGCCGAUCGAGGGAAGGCGGCCGAGAUGGUCAACAAAAUCUCGGGAAUCGUGAUCGCAACCAGCUCAUCCGUAAAGAAGGGCAUUGUUGGCAUGGGCGGCCUUGCACGGGAUACUCUCUUCAACAGGACUAGCGAGACUGUGACAAACUAUGCUGUUGUUCUUGGGACAAGGGAAGAGCAGAACCCAUAUACAGCAGAGCUAGCAGCCAUCGCAAUGGCCCUGGAGAAGUUACCGGCUAGCAUCUGCCACAGGCACAUCACCGUGAUCACUAGGAACCAGUCAGCGCUGGCAGCAGUUGGACGGCCGCGGCAGCAAUCCAGCCAAAGCAUCAUACGGCAAAUCUACGACUUGGCCAGGCUGCACCGACAAAAACGGAACUCGGUCACCUUUCUGUGGAUACCAGCGGAGAUUGACUUCGCGCUGGGGUCAGAUGCCAAGGCAGCAGCCCAGAGAGCGUCGAAGCAAGGACGCACACCCGACUCCCAAAUGCCCCAGGCCAAGUCUACCGCGAUGAGGCUGGCAAUGGAAAGACAACGGGCGACAAGAGUUCUACCUGUAGGCGUGGGCAAGUUCUCAAAGGCCAUGGACGCAGCACUACCAGGCAAGCACACGCGCGAUCUCUAUGACAAGCUGAAGCGAAGGGAGGCCUGCGUAUUGGCGCAGCUCUGA